AUGAUAAAAGGUACAUUUCCUAUGUAUUUCAAAGGAGCAUGGAAAUCUAUUGGUGUCAAGAACAUCUACAUCUUGUUAAUAAGGAGUCUUAUCAUUUAGAUUUCCCCAGUAUGUUUUAAAUUAUGUAAAGGUUCCAAGAGACUUGACUAAGAUUUGGUGUAUCAUCAUUUUGAAUCGCACUGACAACUUCAGGAUCAUCAAUUUCUUCUAUAAUAUUUUUAUUGGUCUUGGGUUUUUCAUAUGUGGUUUGAGUGACCAUUUUGGGUUUUACUCUAUAAUGAUAUUAUUAAUUAAUAAUUCUUCUAGAUAUUCUCUAGGUCCAAAUUGGUUUUAAUUGUUAAGCAAGCAUUCUGUCAUUCUUUUUAUGAUUCCAUCAUCUCUUUCUUUCUCCGAAUUGAAUUUGGAUUUUCCAAGAAAGAGCAUGAGUAGAAAUCGAUUUGAGAGAUGGUCCUCAUAUAGUGAAUGCAAAGUGUCCUAUUCUCUCUGGGAAUAUCCUCCACAAGUGAUGUGCUAGCUUGUGAGGGUCCCUUUUCGGGUUCUUUGGACUAUAUCUCCUGGCAAUAUGAUAUUUAAUUUUUUAAAUUAAUUUAUUGUAAAAUUUAGAGUAAAAAAUUAAUGCGGAUUUCAUAUAAAUUGGAUGCGUCAAAUAGUAAAGACAGAUAAGAUAUUAAUGAUGAAUGUAUUAAUAAAGUACUUAUACAAAUGGAUUUAUAUUAAGCCAAAUAUAUGA